UCCUUAGACUGGCUUGUCGUAAAGAAAAGUGAAAAGAAUACCUCACAAGUUCUUUUUUUUAGAAGGAAAAUAAAAGGAAUACCGCAGGAAUUCGAUACAGAUUUUUACCUUGCAAGAUGGUGGAGAGCAUAUCAGGGCGACUUACAACUUAUUAGAACUUAUAUGAAACAAUUAUUCGAACAUCGCCGUCUGCUCGGUUAUGAUCGUAUUGACACUGAAGGUUUACGAACAAAACUCGAUAUGGCAUGCAAAACAUUUGAGCGUUUCUCUAUUUCAUCUUUUUCUCCUCAAUUUUCUGGAAAUGUUUGCGUUUUCGUUCAAAAAAUGGAGGGCACUGACCUUAAAGAAAUUAUGCGAGUUAUUCCUUUAUGUAAUGUGCUCCAUUCGUAUUUUAUAUUGCAAGAAAUGCUCACAAGACGAAUGCUGGAAAAAGAAGCGGAAACUGGAAAACCAUCAGCUGCAGUUAUAAUACUUGAUCUAAAAGGACUAAAUAUUUCCGAAUUUUUGAACCCACUUGGCGUACAAGCACGAUUAGCGAGAUUAGUCAUCAGUAUAUGGUCAAAUUAUUUCACUGAAACGCUAUUCAAAUUAUUUGUGAUAAACUCACCAGCAUUGCUUAGUGUCUUAUGGUACAUUAUGAAAUUCAUUGCCGAUAAAAAAACGCAAUCACGUAUACAAAUAUUAGAUGAUCCAUCUGAGCUUCUACGUCUUUUAAAUCCACAAGCGGUACCAGAAGCAUAUGGUGGAAAAUGGCGAGAUAAUAGUGGUUACGCGGAUCCUCCUGGAUCUGUAUGUCGAAAACCGUUGAAAGUUUUGCCGCACCAUACUUUCGAUUCUAAUGAACUAUGGAGGAAAUAUGGAUAUGAAAACGCUCCACAGCCAAUAACUAAAAUUCAUUUAUUUCUUUUCAUUUCUCAAGAAGAAAAAAUAAUAAAAAAAAUUUGCGAAAAAGACGACCAAUUUCUACUGUGGCAAUUUACCGUGAAUGGUGAUGUUGAAUUCGAAAUAAUCAAGAAAAAAAGAGAUGGAUUUCGAGCAGCUUGGCCAAAAAUUACAUCAACCAGUUUGCUAGCACCUGAACAAGGUUGUAUUCGUUGCAGACGUGGUCAUUAUAUUAUACGUUUCCAAAAUCCAGCAACAACAUGGACACCUACCAAGAUUCAUUACUCAAUAGAAUUCAGCAAAUGA